AUGGCACCUCACUCAAAGCAACGGCGCUUCAGUAGCUCUGCUGUUGUUCCUGAUGGCACGUCUCGCUUUGCCUUUGCUUUUGAUAUCGAUGGCGUGCUGCUGCGAUCUGCUGCCCCGAUUCCCGGCGCUCCCGAAGCAUUGGCGUUUCUAUACAACCACAAUAUUCCAUUUAUCCUUCUUACCAAUGGAGGCGGAAAGCACGAAAGCGCUCGGGUCGCAGAAUUGAGCAAGAAGCUGGGUGUGCCCCUCACAGAAGAGAAUUUUGUCCAGUCACAUACCCCCUUCAAACAGCUGGUGGGAGGCUUGCAGGAUAAGACUAUUUUGGUCACUGGUGGAGAUGGAGACCAAUGUCGACAGGUUGCCGAGCAAUACGGAUUCAAGAACGUCGUCACACCUGGCGAUAUUAUCAUGGCAUGCCCCGCUAUCUGGCCAUUCAACCAAAUCUUCUCCGAUUACUACAAAUCCGCCACGCGGCCCCUUCCUACACCUAUCGACCACACAAACCCCGCACACUCCCUAAAAAUAGACGCUGUAUUUGUUUUCAACGAUCCACGCGACUGGGCUCUAGAUACACAAAUCAUACUCGAUUUGCUACUAUCGAAGAACGGAGUUCUAGGCACAACGUCCGAGAAAAACGGCAACCCCUCCCUCCCGAAUAACGGCUGGCAACAAGAUGGUCAACCGCAAUUAUUCUUCUCUAAUCCCGACCUCUUCUGGGCCACUUCAUACCACAUGGCGCGUCUAGGACAGGGAGGAUUUCAAGCUUCACUGCAGGGAGUCUGGGACGCUACGACCAAUGGUGCAGCGCUGAAACGCACUGUCAUUGGGAAGCCCCACGCAGCUACAUACGAAUAUGCGGAGCGGGUAUUGAACAAAUAUCGAGCCCAAAUGCUCGGCGCACACGGGGGAAGAGUCGGCCAGCUAGACCACGUUUUUAUGGUUGGUGACAACCCAGAGAGUGAUAUUCGAGGCGCCAAUGAUUUCAAGAGUGCACAUGGUACGGAGUGGACUAGUGUUCUAGUCAAAACGGGGGUCUUCCAGGAUGGAACAAAACCUGCAUAUAAGCCAAAGGUCGUUGUUAGUGAUGUUCUGGAGGCGGUGAAGUGGGCUCUUCAUCAGCAAGGCUGGAAGGGCAAGGCUGAGUAG